AUGGGCUUUUCACUACCGCCAGAGUUGACAUCCAUUAUUUUGGAGUACAUUUCCCACGACGACCUCCAUUUAGCCAAAUAUGCAACAAUCAGUCGCGACUGGCAGGCGAUCAUCGAGAGCAAAACAUUUUCAUCCCUCAAAAUCAACACCCCCAAGCGGUUAGCAGAAUUCAAUGAGCUAUCAUGGGACCGAAGAAGGAGCUAUGUUCGAAAGGUCGAUUUGAUUAUUCAACUGGAGUCAUACUAUGAUGAUGACGACGCGUUCACGCGCUACGAAAAUGAAGGGGAGAUGCAACGAAACAACAAGAUUUUCACCACAUCGAUCCACUCACUUUUCAUUACUCUGGCCAAAUGGCCAGCAAAAGAAGAAGCCGAAUUUAGUCUUUCGAUUGAGGCCCGGUCCCCCGAUGAUCUUCUAGGUCAAACCCCUGAGGCAAAGAGGGAGCGGGAAAAGCGGAUAGAAGAAUCUUACCCAAGCAAUGAUUUCCAGGAUAAGAGAUUCGAAAGAUCAUACCUUCAAUUCAAUGAGGAGGUCGUUGGUAUCAAAUGCCCGGCCGUCCCCACAAUCACUUCCCUUGAAAUCAUGGGAGCGAUAAAUAGAAGGAAAAUUGAACCAGCUUCUUGUUCUUUCAUCGUGUCGAAGUUUCCUCGACUAUACCGCCUAGUGCUUUAUUUGAAUGAUUCUUGCAAAUGGGACCCAGAACUGAGAAAACGCCAUAGAAACGAUUUCGCGGAUUCUAUUCUACUAUGGCCUGCCAGUAUACGGCAGCUCCACCUUGACUUCUGCUAUAUGGCCCCUUUCGAUCAAAACUAUUCCCCAGCGGCUUCAACUGUAAAAGGAAAAACAGACCCGCUAAGCUCGAGAUUACGGGAGUUCUCGCAACAAUUGAAAGAAAUGGGCGGGGCCCAAUGUGUGCUUGGAAAAGAAGUAUUCUGGCCCACAGAUGAACAGAAUCACAAUCUCCAGCUUCCCUUUUGGCCCCAUUUUACCGAUCUGUGGUUGGGAUACGAGCCGGUGACUCCAAGUGGAAACUGGAUGUUCGCAAAGGAAGAACCUCAAGAAUCUAAAGAUGAGGAUGAUUAUGACUCGAGUGACCCAGGCUCAGACUAUAAUGAGAUGGAUGACACCGAUAAAGAUUGGAUUGCCCCGGAGGACCGCAUGGGCAAAAUAUUCCGAACUAAGCCCAUUCACGAGUUGUUCAAUGCGUAUUAUCUCUCAGCUGCCAAUGCCGCUCUUUGCAUGCCCAAGCUGGAUAAUAUGUUUUUGGAGGUGACGAACGGCUGGAAUCGACACGAGUUUUGGUACAGGGUGAGGGAUGGAGUAGCGAAUGCGACCUGGUCUAGUGGUGAUGAUCCGAAAGCAUUCGAGCCAAGCGAUGAAGUCUUACAACUCUGGAAACAGGUUGCUUCCGCGCGUACUGGAGGUGAUCUUGGAGUUGAAUUUGACCUUCUCUGA